CCAGCAACCAGCGCGUCUCUGCCUACCAAUAGGCAUGCUCGGCUCAGGCUCUGUGCAGUGCUCAGUCUCAGCAGCUAAAGCUGGGCGCAGGGGAACUGCGACGGCCGCGCCAAGCAUCUUCCCAGUGAUGGCCUCUGCUGAGCAUCCGUGCUCCAGCUUCCACCAGCAGCACUGCGCAUAAGGCAACACACCCACCUUUGCCCUCCUGCCCAGAAGUGAGAGAGACACCACCAUGUACAGUGUGGAGGACCUCCUCAUUUCGCACGGAUAUAAAUUGCCCAAGAGCGGCCCUCCGUCUGCCACGCCUUAUGACAAGCGCCCCGCUGAUUGCCAGCGUGAACUUGUGGACAACAGGGCUGGCCGUGGGACACUGAACGGGUAUGAGGCGGACCGGGGGGCAUCUAUCACAGGCAUCUAUGGCAGCAGGCAGGCACUGGUGAAGGGCUACCCCGCCACAGACAACGAAAGCGGGGAAAGGAACCAAAGGAGAAAAGAAGUCGGCAUCGGUAUCCUAGGUGACGCUCAGCCCUUGGGUGAUUCUCUCGCCACAGAUAGUGGGUUCUACGAUGUUCCCAGUUUGACUUAUUCCGAGCCACUGAGCCAUGAGGAGAGGGAUGUUUCCUACUGGCGGAGGCGAGGCCAGGACUUCAGCAUCCUCCUGGACUAUGCUGAUGGGAGGGAGCUGAGGGCCUCUGCUGGCGCAUGGAGGCCACAGGCCCUGAUUGCAGCAGAGGAAAACAGAGCAGAAAGGCAAGCGCAGCAGCUAUGGGAGGACAUUUCCUGGCUAAGGGACCUGGACGCAGCCCCUGGUCAGCUAAGGGUGACUGGGGAGAGGAAGUGUCAAAGCCUCGGUACAGAGGAGUGGAGGCCUGCUGUGGGCCUGGGAAGGCAGCUCUCGGAUGGGGACGGGGACAGGUGGGCUCAGGAACAGUACCGUCUGAGGACACCUGAGGGUUUUUUUCACCCUAGAACUAAAGCAAAGUCUCAGUCUCUCCCCAGGGUUUUGUCACCUGAUAGAGGUGCUGGCAGAGAGCUCAUUCCAUCCAGGCCUAGCCUACCUGAUAGACAGAGGAUAAGCAGCACUGUCUUCUCUGGGCCCUAUAGUAGGUAUAUCUAUAGUGGUGCUGUUGUCAGGGACCGGUGGGGUAGGAAUGCAGGGCCAAGCAGCCAUGUUGCACUUUUACCAAAGCCCAGGUUCAGCAGGCCUCUAAAGCCUCCGUCAUAUGAGAUUCACCAGCAGACUAGGGGUAGCGCAGAAAUGCUUGCUAUAGACCAGGGUGCCAAACAAAAAGAAAGGCCUAUCUACUAUCCAAGGGGUGGGGAGCUGAGACAAGACUAUUUCGCACAACACUCUGCCAUCACUGGAAUGGAGCCCCCUGGCUACAUCCCACCCCCAUCUUAUAGAAGAGCCCCACCCCCAAGAUCAGUUUCAAUCAAUCGCAAUGAAAUGGCAAACCUGAGAUGGAGGGCGGAAGCUCUGCAAAUGCCCAGCUCCGAUCCUGGAAGGUGGUUUUACAGACAGGCAGGUUCAUGGCUGGAACAUUAUGGAGAUCGUGCUGCAUCCUAUCGAAAACAGGUACAUUCUGGACACGAAGAACAACCAGGUCACACCCGUCAAUUACCCACUGAAGACCCAAGAGUGAAGCAAAUCUCAGGAGGGCCCAGCGGAAGUUCUCUCACUGACUCAGACAAGAUCCGUACCAUCAACAAAGAGAUUCCGCCUGCUAAGAUUUUAGGACAAUCUACACAUGAUAGUGCCUUUCCUCCCCAACAGGGGUCAGCUCUCAAUACUGAAAGCCGCAAAACAGCUCUCAAUGACAACGACAGCAGUAAUCGUUGGUGCAACAGGGGAUUGAAAAAAAGUGACAGUGUAGGUCCUGAACAAAACCGUAGUCAGUUUUUUCCUUCAUCUAUUCUGGGUAAACCACCACCUCCCCCAUGCAAACCGGCUGACCAGGGUGUCUCUGAAACUGUGACUGAAGUAAAAAAGGUGGAACAACCUGAACCACCAGAGAAAGACAAAACCAAGAAUCUAAAAAAGAGACUUAGUGAGACAAUUUUUUGUUUGGUGUCUGUCCCUGUUACACCGCAGCUCACUGGGACAAUCCGUGAUCAAAAUAACAACAAUGAGAAGUCACCAGACCCAGCGGACAGUCCUAGUGACAACAAAACUGGCCAUUUAACAAACCAAAGUCUCCAAAGCACAUCUUCAGCUGAAGCUGAGCUGCAAGCACUAACUGGUAGCAUAGCAAGCAGCAAAACAAGUAGUAGAGCGAGCAGCAAAAUGUUUAAACGAGUACCCUGUAGACCCCCUAAGAUAAACCAUUACAAGGAGAUGAAACUGUCGGGAUCUUGGCCUGCAAACCAGUAUCGAGACCAAGAGACACAAACUAGCCCAGAGGCCCAAAAACCUGCCUCUGAAAACAAGGAAGCACAACAAGACCCUGUCCCUCCCGGCACUGAAGUCCCUCCUGACAGCAGCGGUGUGGUGGGCACUGCCUUCAGUUUUCCUAUAAAGGGAGUUAAGAGCCUAAAACUGUCAAGCAACAGCGCCUUCUCCUUGACUGCCACCUUCUCCAACCAGCUGAACAAGAGCACAGCUCAGCAGCCAGCAGUACCACCCUCAGGAAAUGUGGAGGAGACCAAACCAGCAGCAAACAGUGGGCAGGAGGCAUUUGAACCGUUCCUACUGAAACCGGCCAGUCAGCGUCCAUGGGAUGCUGUCAAAGAGUUGGAGACCAUCAAAAAAGAAGUCCAGGAUCAACAGCAGCAGCAGAGCAGCAAACAGCCCAGCGUUGAUAAGUGUAUAGAGGACCUCAACGAGGCCUACAAAGACAUCUUGGAGCUAGGCACUGCCAGCAAUAAAGUCCCAAAUGGUUCUGUUCAAAUCCCUGAGCGUAUCAAAAUCCGAUUGACAUCCGAACCUCUCAACAAGCCCAGCAGCCUUAGGCGCAGUGCAGUAAGCUGGUCUGUUGACCCAGAAUACAGGGAAGUCAAGAGCGCCUUCUCCAGGCCUGCAACAAAGUCAGUAACCUUCAGCAAGCAGCUUAGGGAGGAGCUCCCCGUCCCACCGCGGGAGACAGGCUUCAGAGAAUACAGGGUUGUUGCACAUCUUUCGCGCAGACGGAGCAACGAUGGGAGGACAGUGAAACUAGACCUGCCAGAUGAGCCUAUUGAGACACCUCUUUGUGACUUCAGUCCAACAACGCACACUGCAGCAGCUGAGGUGCCCUGGGCAGAUAGGCAGCCCAUGCAGGAUGCCUCUACACUCACUAGUCCUCCUGAUUAUGAGGACAUAUGCCAGACUUUGCGCCACUCUAGAGACCCGACGGAUGUCAAUAAAGCGUCCGCAGGCAAUUUUAAACCUAAUGACGCAGAGACUCUUCAAGAUCUCAGUGCUGAAUCAGAAGAAGAGUGCCCUAUUUGUAAAAGAGAGCUUGAGAAUCAGAUGAGACAGGGCCCAUUGCCUCCACUUCAUGAGGAGAACAGCUCAGACAGUUCAACCAAUCAAAAUGGCAGUCCACCACAAUGCGCUGCAUUAGAAAGUCCAGCAGAGGAUAUAAAAACUGAGGAGCCAAAGGACUCAAGUUUGAAUCAGUCAGGGUCUGACCCAUGUGCUGACACAAGGGAACAGCAUUCAAUGACACAGGAAAAUGAGGGAAGGGGUGAAAAAACAGACAAUGCUCAGGCAGAAAACUUGGACAAUUUGUGUGCAGUUGAUCCUGCUGAGAGCAUACCAGCGGAUGGAGCUACAGUGGAUAGUGCAUCCACAAUAUUAGCAACUGAUGUGCCAGCAGACCCCCAAGUCACAGAGGAACAGAGUGUUAGUGAAACUAAGGAAGUAGAAUUAGGAGAGAAGGAAGCCAUUACAGGAGAAACACCUAAGGGAGGUGCAGUCAAACAGACUGCUGAAGUGAAAAGUGAGUGUGAGGGACAAGACAGUACAAUGCCUGACGACAAGCAGGAGCAAGAAAAGAAGCCAUUUGCUUUUCCAGAGCAUAGAUUUGGUCUACGGACUCAUCUGGGGCGAGACCACCCAGGGUUACCGGAGUUUCCACCAGAUAGACUGCCACUUUCAGUUCCCCCAAACCUAGACCGCAGGCUGUCUCUUAGCUUGGAGGGGGAGAGGAGGAGCAAGGGCCCCUCCCAACGAAUGGAAGCACUGCAGACCAAGCUGGCUAUUUCUCCAGGUCGCGUGGCAGUUGAGCGCCUGGCCCGGAUGAGGGAGGUGGACGUUAUGUAUCGUAUGAGGCGCCUCAGCAUCAGGAGUACUGACUCUGGGGAGGGGGAGACAGAGGCAGAGGGGGAGGGCAAGGACGAACAAGCAGAGGAGCCCCACCCUGCUCCUCAAAGAGACAAGGAGAACGAUCAAGAUCAAGAGGUCACCCAUUCACAGCAGGUCUCUGAGGAGACAGUGUUGCAAAAUGAGGAGUCAACUCUCUCAGAACCCCAUGAUCCCAGCCAAGUGGAGACAGUGUAGAAAGACUGCAUCCAUCAUCUCCAUCUGAGGUUUUUAGCUCCAACACUGUGACCUGGCUGCCUACUAGAAUGCCUUCAUCUCAUCUUGACACUGAAAUGGCCUUCUUGUCCGACAAGAGCAUUGUGUACACCCUCACCCUCGGCGCUGCGUUGACUACUAAGAGUGCUGUUCCACUGCCAAAGGGAGGUGCCCCUUUAAGUUGUGGGGCAACUUCCACUUCGAAUCCCUCCCCAGCCUUCCCAAACUGACUUCCCACUACCCCAUCUGUCCUCCAUCCCCAAGCCCAUCCUCUUAUAGGGUUUCUACUAGUUAGUCUUCUUGUAGUGGCUUGACCUUUCUAUUCUAUCCUCCCUAUGCUUUUCUCAUUGGCAGACAUUAUGCAAUUCUGUCGUGCAUACUAGAACUUCUGAAAUGUCCAUAGCGAAUACAGUCGAGACAUUUUUUGCAUACUGAACGAAUCUGUUUGUUUACGGGCGAGCUCUUAAGGAUAUGAAUGUAAGCGUUUAUGUUUAACCUGACGUAGACAUAGAAGGGUUAUUGUCAUAAACCUGUUCUGUUGCAUUUAAACUACACCAAAAUAAACUGCGCAUCAUGACGUGGUGAGGCGACAGCUGUUUUAGAACUGGACAUCACUGUCUCUGGCUCAAGAACUGUUUUGAUUUUCAGACGAGAUCAAUCAGCCUUUCUUUUUUAAAGUUGAUGACAUUGUGCCCUGUCUCAUUGCUUUUGUACACACUGCAACCAUAACACAUAGAGCUCUUCAGUGAAGAGUGACUCUACACCACAUGACCUGAUAGACCAGUGACCGAUUAUAUGUUACAUUGGUUCUACGCUGGAGAGGGAGUGUUGCCUUCUUUAACCAGAUGUAUGUUAGUCCUCUGAUCAAUCUGAUGUAUAGCUCCCAUUUCCAGGUAAUUUCAGGAAGCAAUAAAGGCACGGAUUGAGUUGGCAAAUUUGAUAAACCUUAAAGAUGGAAAUAGGGAUAUAGAACAAAAAAAAGAGAUAGCUAGAGCAAUAUUGUUGUACAAACAGCUCAGUGGUGUAGUGGAGCUACCUGUAGGAACCAUUGUCAGGAGUUUUAAUGUGAACGUGUCAUUGAAAUCAUAUUACAGGGAUAUGGAAUCGUGUCAGGGUAUA